AUGGCAACCACGUCCAACUCUCCCUCUGCGAUGCAGCAGUCCCCGUCCUCCACGAGCGUGAACAGUGCGCAGGGCUCUUCCAACACCGGCAAGCCCGCCGACUACGUCUACUUCGAGCGCACCACCUCCGGCUUCUCCGACGAUGCCCUUCCCCGCUCCAAGACGGCCCAGCUCAAGCUCGAGCACUACUACAAGGUCGCCGUGGAAUCUGCCAUCGAGCGCAACCAGCGACGUGUAGAGCUCGAGAAGCGGUUAGCGGCCGACACCUCGAUGUCCGACGAGCGCAAGCAGCGCCAGCUGCAGCAGCUCGGCAAGCGCGAGUCCGCCUUCCUCCGUCUGCGGAGGACCAAGCUCGGCCUGGACGACUUCCGCACCGUCAAGGUCAUUGGGAAGGGAGCGUUCGGAGAGGUCCGGGUGGUGCAGAAGACGGACACAGGGAAGAUCUACGCCAUGAAGACUCUCCGGAAGGACGAGAUGUUGAAAAAGGACCAGCUUGCGCACGUCCGCGCGGAGCGCGACGUGCUCGCCGAGUCGAACUCGCCGUGGGUCGUGCAGCUCUACUACUCGUUCCAGGACCCGUCGUACCUCUACCUCAUCAUGGAGUUCCUCCCUGGCGGCGAUCUCAUGACGAUGCUCAUCAAGUACGACACCUUCUCGGAGGACGUUACGCGGUUCUACAUCGCGGAGUGCGUGCUCGCCAUCGAGGCCGUCCACCAACUUGGUUUCAUUCACCGUGAUAUCAAGCCGGACAACAUCCUCAUUGACAAGGACGGGCACAUCAAGCUCUCCGACUUCGGUCUGUCCACCGGCUUCCACAAGCAGCACGACUCGAGCUACUACCAGCGUCUGCUCGACUCCGCCAACGGUGUCACGUCGCCGACGGCCGCCGCGCAGGCGUCGAGGAAUAGCGUCAUGGUCAACGCCAUCCACCUCACCAUGUCCAGCAAGGACCAGAUCGCGACCUGGAAGGCGAACCGCCGAAAGCUGGCGUACUCGACGGUCGGCACGCCCGACUACAUUGCUCCCGAGAUCUUCCAGCAGAAGGGCUACGGCAACGAGUGUGACUGGUGGUCACUGGGCGCGAUCAUGUUCGAGUGCCUGGUCGGCUACCCGCCUUUCUGCUCGGAGUCCACGCACGAGACGUACCAAAAGAUCUUGCAGUGGCAGCGCUACCUCCAGUUCCCGGACGACGUCCACCUCAGUCGCGAGGCCGAAGAUCUCGUCAAACGUUUGAUCACCUCUCACGACCGCCGUCUGGCCGUAGAGCAGAUCAAGCACCACCCUUUCUUCUACGGCGUCGACUGGAACGCGAUCCGCAACAUCGAGGCGCCCUUCAUCCCCCGCCUGCGCUCGAUCACCGACACCUCGUACUUUCCCACCGACGAGCUCGAGGAGGUCCCGGACGAACCUGUGGGCGCAGAUACUACAGGGGCGAACAAGGACCUCGCAUUCCUCGGCUACACGUUCAAGCGCUUCACGGUCUCCUCGCAAGGGUUCUGA